AUGGAGCCAGAGAGGAAGGGGCUCUGGUCGGCUUCUUCCAACGGAGACGGGAGAGAAGAAAAUAAAUUAAAACAAGGAAUUUCCCAAGACUUGGCUUCUUCCUCCAGAUUAGACAGAUAUAAGAUAGCAAGGCAGUUAACGGAAAAAGCUAUUAAGGAGAAGAAGAUUUUCUCUAUUUACGGACACUACCCGGUGGUCCGGGCCGCUCUGCGAAGGAAGGGCUGGGUGGAGAAGAAGUUCCACUUUUUACCCAAGGUCAUUCCGGAUGUCGAGGACGAAGGUGCUGGGGUUGCUGAUGUUACAUGUGGCAAAGUCAAAGAAAAUCAAGAAAUGGCCUUGGAGAAAACAGACGACAUCCACAACGUGAUGUCUAGGUUGGUAAAAAACGAGAUGCCGUACCUCCUCUGGACCAUCAAGAGGGACGCCAUUGACUAUCACAGCCUGACCUGCGACCAGAUGCUGAACCACUACGCAAAGACGGCCUCCUUCACCACCAAGAUCGGGCUGUGCGUGAACAUGCGGAGCUUGCCCUGGUACGUCUCGGCCAACCCCGACUCCUUCUUCCCGCGCUGCUACAGCCUCUGCACCGAGAGUGAGCAGCAGGAAUUCCUGGAAGACUUCCGGCGCACCAUGGCAUCCAGCAUCCUCAAGUGGGUGGUCAGCCACCAGAGCUGCAGCCGGAGCGGCAGGAGCAAGCCCAGGGGCUGGAGGGAGGAGGCCGGGAACAGCGACCUGAGCAGCAGGCAAGAUGCCGAAAAUGCUGAGGCAAAGCUCAGGGGUCUCCCGAGCCAGCUUGUGGACAUCGCGUGCAAGGUGUGCCAGGCCUACCUGGGGCAGCUGGAGCAUGAGGACAUUGACACGUCGGCGGACGCCGCGGAGGACCUCAACACCUGAGGCGAGUGGGAGGACCUGACACAGCACGUUACUAUCCCCAACUCAGCCUUCAACCUCAAUAGUUUGGGGCUGACCUGUGCCGCACAGACAGGCAUGUCUCAGGGGCGCGGGGGGCUGGCUGCAUCCGGUUUGCUCCAAGUCCUCAUCACAGUCCUGUUGCCAUCCUGGGGUCAGGAGUGUGCGGUGCUCACCACGGAGGAGACGUGGCAGCCAGAUGGGUCCAACGGGCCCUGGGGCAGCUGUUGUGGCGAUGCUUUCAUCUCCGAUUCAAGAAAUUACUUUCCGCAGUGCCAGGCUCUGCUGAAUCAAAUCACGUCUGUGAACCCUCAGACGGACAUCGACGGGUUCCGGAACAUCUGGAUUAUAAAGCCUGCGGCCAAGUCCCGGGGCCGAGACAUAGUGUGCAUGGACCGUGUGGAAGAGAUCCUGGAGCUGGCGGCUACAGACCACCCUCUUCCCAGGGACAACAAGUGGGUGGUCCAGAAGUACAUCGAGACGCCACUGCUCAUCUAUGACACCAAGUUCGACAUCAGACAGUGGUUCCUCGUCACGGACUGGAACCCCCUGACCAUCUGGUUCUACAAGGAGAGUUACCUGCGGUUCUCAACACAGCGCUUCUCCCUGGACAAGCUGGACAGUGCCAUCCACCUGUGCAACAACGCCGUCCAGAAGCACCUGAAGAAUGACGUGGGCCGCAGCCCCCUGCUGCCCGCACACAACAUGUGGACCAGCACCAAGUUCCAGGAGUACCUGCAGCGCCAGGGCCGUGGUGCCAUGUGGGGCAGUGUCAUCUAUCCGUCCAUGAAGAAGGCCAUCAUCCACGCCAUGAAGGUGGCUCAGGACCACGUGGAGCCUCGCAAGAACAGCUUUGAGCUCUACGGGGCCGACUUCGUCCUUGGAAGGGACUUCAGGCCCUGGCUGAUCGAGAUCAACUCCAGCCCCACCAUGCACCCGUCCACACCGGUCACGGCCCAGCUGUGUGCACAGGUGCAGGAGGACACCAUCAAGGUGGCCGUGGACCGCAGCUGUGACGUCGGCAACUUUGAGCUCCUGUGGAGGCAGCCUGUGGUCGAGCUGCCCCCAUUCAGCGGGUCCGACCUCUGCGUGGCAGGCGUCAGUGUGAGGAGAGCCAGGAGGCAAGUGCUGCCUGCCUGCAACCUCAAAGCCUCGGCCCUGCUGUUGGACACCCAGCCACUGGAGGCACAGGGCCCCUCGGCCAUGCCCGACCCUGCCCAGGGAUCCCCACGACCAGCUCUCCAGCGAGACUUGGGACUGAAGGAAGAGAAGGGGCACCCCCUGGCCUUGCUGGCACCCUUAAGGGGGCUGCCCGAGAGCAGUGGCGCCCCGCAGCCUACCCGCACCAAGGCUGCUGGGAAGGUGGAGCUCCCGGCCUGCCCCUGUCACCAUGUGGACAGUCAGGCCCCAAACACCGAUGUCCCCGAAGCCCAGCCCACCAAACACUGGGAUCCAAACCAGCUAAAUGCACACCCCCCGGCACCUGUGCCGCAGAGCCUGAAGACAGUGGAGGGUGCCCUGCGUCCGCCGCCCGGAGGCAAAGGCGAGGGCACGGCCGGGAGUGUACGGGUAUCUCAUCAUGGUUUUAACUCUUCCACCUGCCAGACCACGGGCACCGCAUGGGAUGGCUGGCCUGGGGCGUGCUCCCUCCAGCAGCUCCUGGCAUCAGAACAGCCCAUGGGCCCUGGGCUGCCGAGGGACCCCCGAGGGCUGCCCUGCCUGGUGUGCCGCGGGCUGCUGCCGCCCGCCUGGCCCUGCAAGCGCUGCCGCUCGUUCCGCGCCGCGGUCCUGCAGGGCGCAUCCUUCGUGCCGCUCGGCGGGUGGAGCUGCAGCCCGCGGACCCCGUGA